AUGAACAAAAGAUCAAGUUGCUGUGCCAUUUGUGAGAAUUCAAAUCGGGCCUCUAUUUGUCCAAUUUGUGUUAAUUACAGAACGAAUGAAUAUAGCACUUUGUUGAAAUCGUUGAAGAGUCGCCGUGAUUCCUUACACUCCAAAUUAAGUGAUGUGCUUGUCGCAAAGGGGAAGGCAGCUGAUCAAUUCAAUUGGAGAGUGCAGCAAAAUGAGAAGCUUGCAAGUUUGAGAGAGAAGCUUCGUCGUAAUAAGGAACAACUUGCUCAAGGGAAGGCUAAGGUCGAGAAGGUAUCUCAAGAUAUAAAGAUCAAAUACGGGAUGCUUGAAUUAGCUCGCAAUGUGUUAGAAAAAAAUCGCGUGGAACAACUGGAGAAGUUUUAUCGCAAUCUUAUUUGCACUCAGAGUUUAGGGCAUAUGGCAAUUACUUCUGAACUACUUCAUAAGCGGUCUGUGGUUAUAAAACAGAUAUGUAAAUUGUUCCCCCAACGCCGGGUGAAUGUAGCUGGGGAGACAAACUAUAGUGGUCAAUAUGAUCAAAUCUGUAAUGCAUGCUUACCAAGAGGACUUGACCCCCACUCUGUUUCAUCAGAAGAGCUUGCUGCCUCCUUGGGAUACAUGGUGCAGCUUCUAAAUCUAGUGGUUCAUAACUUGGCUGCCCCUACACUUCAUAACUCAGGUUUUGCGGGUUCUUGCUCUCGAAUAUGGCAGCGAGAUUCUUAUUGGAAUGCACGUCCUUCUUCUAGAAGUAAUGAAUAUCCCCUCUUUAUACCUCGCCAGAAUUAUUGCUCUACUAGUGCUGAAAAUUCAUGGACUGAUAGAAGCUCAAGUAAUUUUGGUGUUGCUUCAAUGGAAUCAGAAAGAAGGCCGCCCCUAGAUUCUUCAAGAAGUAGUAACUUCAAUUAUUCAUCAGCGUCUCCGCACUCUGUCGAAACACACAAGGACUUGCAAAAGGGGAUUUCACUUCUCAAAAAAAGUGUGGCAUGUGUAACAGCAUAUUGUUAUAACUCGCUAUGUUUAGAUGUUCCUUCUGAUGCAUCUACUUUCGAAGCAUUAGCAAAAUUAUUGGCGACACUAUCCUCAUCCAAGGAAGUUCGGUCUGUUUUUAACUUGAAAAUGGCUUGUUCAAGGUCAUGCAAACAAGUGCAAAAGUUGAACAAAUCUGUAUGGAAUGUGAAUUCUGCCAUUUCCUCAAGUAUGCUAUUGGAGAGUGCACAUGCACUGUAUCUGACGAAAAACACAAGUGACAAUAACCUUCCAAAUUCAGCGACCAGUUUUCUUUCUGCCAAUGAGAUAGCUGAUGUUGGGAAGAAUGAGAGCUUUAUCGAUGGAUGGGAUCUGGUGGAACAUCCCACUUUUCCUCCCCCUCCAUCACAAGUUGAGGAUGUUGAGCACUGGACUCGAGCCAUGUUUAUAGAUGCCACAAAGAAAUAA